ACUCCUACUAAUUUUGUACUUAUUCCAUUACCGUCUUUCCUUUUUUUGACAGGUGUCGAUCGGUAGGCGGGGUGAAAGUGGGCGGAGCGUUUUUUUCAAAUUUUUGCAAAUUAGUUUUCGAGGUCAAAAAACGGAUUUUAAUAUUUGCGUAAAAUUUUCGAGCAUAUUUCGUAACGGUGCACGUUUUGCUUAUGCGUUCAAAUUUUUGGGUGUAAACGGGAGAUGGGGAAAUUCACUCCCCGGAAAAUGACAGAUCCGCGUUCUUCCGACUCGAAUAAAAUCAUUCGAAAUAAUAAUAGCGUCGAUAAAUAGCCGCAAUAAUAAAAUUUUCUUGCAAAUAUUGACAUGAAUGAUCGUGGCGAGUGGCGACCCAGUUUGGAGUUUGUGUAGCCGGUGUCAAUGUAGGUGAAAUGAAGUUGCUCCAAACAAGAGAAAUCGUCGUCUGUGUUUCCCUAUGUCUUAAGAAAACCGUAAAUACAGUGCGUUUUCUGUGAUAAAAAAACAAGUGUUGUGUUUAUUGAGACGGUACAAGAUGUAGGAAGUGCUGGUUCGGUCAAAAUAAAACAUUUCCAGUGUUUAUGUGGCACAGAUAAUUGUUUUCCACUUGGACGAUAUAAACAUGGCUACUACUCAGACUCUUAGAACUCUUUCGUUUUAAAAACACGCUGUAUGGACGUUAAUGGUACAAAUACACAAGUACACGAAGAAAUCAGUAUGAUUAUGACAUGCCCAGGCUGUGUCUGCAUGUCAGGCUGUAGUCUGGGCAAAAUAUGAACUUAUUUGGCUGCCUCUUUCCGUGUGCACUGCAGCACAGUUGGUGGAGUGUUGGAAACGAGCAGUGCAUGACUGAAGAGUUUGUACACAGAAUGGGCGUGAACGCUUCCACGGCACCCGGUGUCGAGGCUGUCCCCGUGCCAAACGGCAUGGGAGUCGCGGACCCAUGCACGCCUCCUUUCAGAGACACUAUCGGAGUCAUAGUCAGGGAGCGCAAGAAGAAGGUUACCGGGUUCGCGACGCUAAAGAAGAAAUUCAUCCGCCGGAGGCGAUCCUCGAAGGCCUGCGACCAUGGCCGCAUGCUCCGCGAACUGGUGGCCGACUGGAGCCCCUUGGAAGUGGCGGCUUUGCUGGAGGAGUACGAGGCCUUGGCCGCGUUGAAGGACCUCUGCGUGCAGGCGGAGCUGGCGCGUCCGCCCGCCGCCACUUUCAAGCAGGACCUCUCGGCCUUGUACGACUUCAAGUACUGCACCGACGCCGACCUGGUGUACCGAGGGGCCUGCUUCCCCAUACACCGGGCACUGCUCUCCGCCAGGUGCCCGUACUUCAGGGACCUGCUGGCCGGCUGCCCUGGCUACGGGGCUCGAAUAUGUCUCGAACUGAGAACGGCCACCGUCGACGUGCAGCUGUUCUCGGCGCUGCUGCGGUAUCUGUACACCGGAGAUAUAUGUCCGCACGACACGAACAUAGACAUCAACCUGCUGAGGCGACUACGCGAGGAAUUCGGAACGCCCAACGCGCUGGAAGCCGAUCUGCGUUACUUACUCGAAAGCGGCGACUAUGGCGACGCUGCGCUAGUGUUCACUUCCGACGGUUCUGACUGCCAGAGGCCCGAUUCCGGUAGUUCGGAGUACGGAUUCAGGCCAAAACUAGAAUUACCAUGCCAUAAAGCGAUCUUAUCGGCGAGGUCGCCCUUUUUCCGCAACCUGCUGCAAAGGCGAUCUCGAAGCGGAGAAGAACACACGGAAAGGGCUCUGCAUAUACCCACCAGGAUCGUUCUCGACGAAUCCGUCAUACCGAAGCGGUACGCUCGCGUUUUGUUGCACGCUAUAUACCUGGAUCAAGUAGAUCUGUCUCUGAUAUCGCGCGGCGGAUGCGGCGGUGGCUUAGGAGAAGCCCAAGCGUUGACACACACAGGCCGAGCUCGCCCCUCACCACUCGAAGAAGCAAUGGAACUGUAUCAAAUCGGACGAUUCUUGGAAUUAGAUAUUCUAUCACAAGGCUGUGAAGAUUUAAUUUUAGAAUGGUUGUCUCUAGAAACGCUUCCGACUGUACUCCAGUGGGCCAAACAACCGCACGGAUCUGCCUGGGUCCACCGACAAGCACUGCAUUUCCUCCGAGAAGAGUUCCAACCGGUCGCGCAAUCGCCAGUGUUGCAUCAAUUGGACAAGGCUCACCUGAUCGAAGUACUGAAAAGCCCGUUUCUACAAGCGAGCGAGCUCGAAAUCCUCCACGCCGUGCUAAAAUGGGGAGAGAACGAAUUGGUCCGUAGAAUGGAAGAUCGAGAACCGAAUAUAGUGAGCCACACUGCUCACUCCGUAGCCCGGAAGGGCGUGAAAAAGCGCGAUUUGAGCGACGUGGAACUUCGCGAAAUCCUGUCCGACUUGCUUCCUCUCGUCCGCAUGGACCACGUAUUACCUCCCAACAGCGAUAUACUAAAUCAGGCUAUUCGACGCGGUUUGGUCAGCACCCCUCCGAGUCACAUGAUCGGGGGCGAUCGAGAGAACCUCCGCGUGAACGCGUGGAUCCGGGGCGACAAAAACAACGGGCUCUUCGUCCAACCGCGGCUCUUCAUGCCGUACUACGACGAAGUGAAGGUGUUGGUCGAGGACCAGUUGGUCCAAGAAGUAGAGAUGAUGCGUUUAAGACGGGCGAGGUACAUGCCGGACAUCCCGGAUACGUUGUACAUGGUCGAGGAUAAGCCGCGCGUUCACGGUCCCGCUGGCGUCGACGUUUUGGCGUCGGUCCUGCCGGUGCCGGACCCAGCGGUGAUGAACGCCAUGUUGAAGCGGGAACAAAAACUGCGCCAAUCGCCGAGUUGUCAACGUGCUCUUAACAUGCCUUUAUCGUCGCGGCACGAGAUCAACCGCCAGAUCAGGUUAAGAGUAGUAAGGGAGUUCAACUUACCCGAUCCGGUAGCGGAUAUGCUUGAGAACUGCUACUGCGUACCGGAUCCCAGCGACAGCGAUAUGGGAAACGUGAACGAGGGCCUGCAAAUUUCGCCAAACAAAGGUCUAGCUCGAGCUUGCUAUGGCCGCAAUAUGACUUUCCCCAGGCCCGGAGCGUAUUCGCAGCGUCACGAAUUACCGGCGAUUAUUCCGGAGGGAGAGUUUCGUUUUUCCAACGAGCCGGAGAGCAGUUCAUGCAGCGACGGCCACUUGUCGGACAUCAUGCCGGAUGUCGCAAUGGCCACGGCUACGUUAGGUCAGAUGCAGCUGCAGGAGCAGCAAGAGAUGGAGCUGGAUUUGGGCGACGGAGCCACGCACUUGCACGGUUCGAUGGGGACCGCACCAGGGUUGCCGGGGUCUCUGCACCACCCACUUUCUUAUCGUCGUUAUCAACCUUCUACUUAUCCUCAUCUGAGGUCUGAUUCGCAAUCUUACCACACUCCUAUGCCGCGAUUUUUAUAGUUUUAAUUGUAAUUCUUUGUUUCGCUUUCGUGUCUUGUACAUAAAAUGGAAAAGCAUUCUUAUCGGGAAUAAUAUACAUCUGUGAUUUUCUGUGACGAGACAUCUCUAGUUUAAAAAUAUUUAUUAGAUCUUUUUUUCCGAGACUGAUUCGAGAUUUUUGUUUACGAUUGCAGAUGAUUAAUGCCCGAGUAAUACUAACGGUUGAUUGUUUCAUUGAUCAACAAAUUCCGUUAAUUCUGUAUUCAUGUACCUGUGCGUGUCUUGUCUUAGAUGUUGCUGUGUUGCUGUUACAUGUAAAUAUAUUUAGAGUCCAAGUGACGUCUCUUAUACGGUGCGAUUUUAUCCACUACUAAGUGCAAUGUGUACUUAAAACACUCUCAUAACGACUAUCAUUAACUGUUUCAACAACGAACAUUUCAUUCUACAGUUUGCUUUCUUAUUACGACUACAGUCAACGGUUAUUUAUUUUUUUAUGCGACGCAUUUUAAUCUUCCAAUUCUUAACGGAACUAAAUUCUGAGUUACGGUCCAGUUGUUUACUGCAUAUCAUCUUCUCGGAGAAAGCCGUGAACGUAACCUAAAACACUCACCCUUUAUUGUUAGCGGAGGUGUUCGUGAUGGGCUAAAUGCGUAAAUUGUUGACGAAAAAUGCAAAAAUGCCGACGAGGGUUACUUCGUAUCUUUCCCUUUUAAUUUAGUUCAUAAAUUGUCUGUGAUUAAUGUUUCUUUGAAGUUGCUAUAUAUAUAACAUUUCUUGAUUGGUUGAUGUUGCAGAUCACCAUUUUGUGAUAUGUAUUGUAAUCUACGUUGAUGUAAUCACAUUAUUGUUAUACAUACAUGUUAGCUUAGAACUGUAUGGUUUAUAGGCUUCUAUGGGUAAUUAUUAUUUAAUAGAAUCCUAAAUGUACUCAAUCGGAUAAUUCAUGCGAUUCAGGGUAUCCACAUAAACAUAAAAAAUGUUUAUUUGUGAUAUGUAAUUUGUAUUUAUUAUUUCGAUUAUGUUGCUACGUUUUUAAAAUACUUUUUGCAAACUGCAGUAUGUUAUAUUUCAAUAUAAAUAUUAACACAAAUACGAAAGACAUUAUAGCUUAUUACAUAAUUUAUUUGAAAAUGUAAAUAUAUUAAAUACAAAAAAUUAUAAUUAAA